AUGCCCACGGCAGGCAAAACUGACCCCACCCCAAACCAAGACCCUUUUUCGUCUGGAUCGAAUCGAGAUUCCUUGAAUCUAGAUGACUUUGAGAAGGUGGAAGCAGACCAGCUGCCGCCUCCUGUAAAUCAAAGUGCUCGGGCAGCUACUGAUUUCAUGGAUGACUUCAUGUCCCAAGUGCCAAGCUCAGGACAGGACUUCUUUUCAAACCUCUCAAGUAUGCCUGCGUCCGAUACAAAACCUGGAAUUUCUCCCAUCUCGCCAGACCUUUCUCUUUCAAGCGAUUCACUUAAACGGGAUGAAGCUGGAAUGGACCCCUUCAGCACAGAAACAGUGCCUAGUGGUCCCUUUGUACCUAAACCCAUCUCAGGAUCAACAGAUUCUUUUGGUGUCGACCUUCUGGCGUCUGCUCCACCUCCUGCUACUGAUUUCCAUGGCGACAAGACUUCCCAUGAUAUGUCACAGAUUGAGGACUUCUUUAUCACAGAGGGCCAAGGAAGCUCAUACAAUGACUUUAUGAUUCCCGAGCCUAAGACAGGAAAGCCCGUCAAUGAACCCCUAUUUGAUCCCUUCUCAACCACGGAAAGUAAAGCCCCUCCAGCCUUCGAGCCCCUAUUGGACCCUGUAGCUGCACCAGUGAUCCAAGCACCCCCAGCUCUGCGAGAUCCCAGCCCUGAACCUAUUUUGAAGCGUGAACCCACUCCACCACCCCGGGAACCCUCUCCUCCACGUGAGCCUACUCCACCACCUCGUAAACCAUCUCCACGACGUGAACCUACUCCUCCACCCCGUGAGCCUACUCCUCCACCCCCCCAGUCCACCACGUGA